AUGAAACCGAACAUCGAUGAACCCGACAUUGCACAACCUAAUGUAGUUGAACCCACAAAUAUUUUGGUUAACACUGCCAAUUAUUUUUUUAAGUGUGAAAAGUAUAAGGUUCGAGAUGAGAUGAUCGAAUGGUGCAAAAAAGAGGCUAUAAAAGCUGGAUUUACUAUGGUGAUUGUGAAAUCAGAUAACGGUUCUUACCGAAGGAAAAAGACUUUAGUAUUGGGUUGCUCAAGAGGCGGUGCGUACAAAGAACCGAAUAGGAAAUUGAAGAAAGAAGACACGGCUACGAGGAAAUUGAACUGUCCGUUCAGACUGCGAGGUUACUUUUUGGCAUCAGAGGAAUGGAGACUAAGUGUUGUGUGUGGUGAACAUAACCACAAGUUGGCAAAAAAUCUAGAAGGUCAUACUCUUGCCGGACGUUUAAAACCAGAGGAGAAGGAGUGUGUGCAGGAGUUGUCAAAGAAUUUGGUGGCCCCGAAGAACAUAUUGUCGACACUGAGAGGGAGAAAUCCGGAUAUCAAGACUUCAAUGAAGCAAAUAUACAAUGUGCGCCAAAGGUUAAAAAAAGAUGCUAGGGGUGAAAUGUCUGAAUUGCAACAACUCAUGAAGUUGUGUGAAAACAACAAAUAUUUUCACAAGUGUAGAACAAUUGGUGACUCGACUACUAUACAAGAUAUUUUUUGGGCACAUCCUGAAAGUGUGAAAUUGCUUAACACUUUCCCUACUGUUUUAGUGUUGGAUUCAACGUACAAAACCAACAAGUAA